CCACCCAUGAUUCCCCAGUGACGUCAAGCAAUUCAGCCUACCCCUCUAGGACGAAUUGAGGUGUGGUUGGUUGAUGUAAGUGGAACGAGACAAACACACAAACAUAGGUGAUCUAAGUCCUCAGAGCAGAUAGCCAAGUGCCAACCAUGGCAGCGAUACGAAAGAAGCUUGUUAUAGUCGGAGAUGGUGCGUGUGGUAAAACAUGUCUACUUAUUGUCUUCAGCAAAGACCAGUUCCCUGAAGUUUACGUGCCAACAGUUUUUGAAAAUUAUGUAGCAGACAUUGAAGUUGAUGGCAAACAGGUUGAGCUAGCUCUGUGGGACACAGCGGGACAAGAGGACUAUGACAGACUGAGGCCGCUGUCUUACCCUGACACAGACGUCAUCCUCAUGUGUUUCUCUAUAGACAGUCCAGACAGUCUGGAGAACAUACCGGAGAAGUGGACGCCUGAGGUGCGACACUUCUGCCCCAAUGUACCCAUCAUCCUCGUGGGCAACAAAAAGGAUCUGCGUCAUGAUCAAGUCACUAUUCGAGAACUGCACAAAAUGAAACAAGAACCAGUAAAAUUCGAUGAUGGUAAAACCAUGGCUGAAAAGAUUGGUGCCUAUGCUUACCUUGAAUGCUCUGCCAAAACCAAAGAAGGCGUUAGGGAAGUAUUUGAAACUGCUACACGAGCUGCUUUACAGGUUGAGCUAGCUCUGUGGGACACAGCGGGACAAGAGGACUAUGACAGACUGAGGCCGCUGUCUUACCCUGACACAGACGUCAUCCUCAUGUGUUUCUCUAUAGACAGUCCAGACAGUCUGGAGAACAUACCGGAGAAGUGGACGCCUGAGGUUCGUCACUUUUGUCCAAAUGUUCCUAUAAUACUUGUGGGUAACAAAAAGGAUCUUCGCAACGAUGAAAGUACCAAACGUGAGCUCAUGAAAAUGAAACAGGAACCAGUGAGACCAGAGGAUGGGCGCGCCAUGGCUGAGAAAAUCAACGCCUACUCUUAUCUUGAGUGCUCUGCUAAAACCAAGGAGGGCGUGAGGGAUGUGUUUGAGACAGCUACCAGAGCUGCGCUGCAAGUGAAAAAGAAGAAGAAGGGUGGAUGUGUUGUAUUGUGAAUAAGUCGCUGUUUUCUUCAAUUCCCCACAACAGGGCUGGUGAAAGGAGGACUGCAUGAAAUUUUGUCUUUUGAAGAUAUUCCUUUUAAAAUUAUUUUUUUUUAAAUACCAAUUUUCAACUUAAGAUUGUUCAAUUAUAAUUAGUGUAAAAAGACGGAUGCUUCCCGACUGAAACACAAGAAAGGCCAUAUCAGAGUGGCAUAUGAUCACAGUCAUAUUUUGUGGCUUGUGUGAUUGCAUAUAUAUUUAAGAACAAAUAUAAGCAUCAACUAUCUAUGGCUGGAGAAUGAGGUAAUGGAAAUGUUUUAUUUGAGUAAAUUCCUCAUCUGCAAAAAGUUUGUACUACAGUUGAGUAAAAUUUCAAGCAUUGUCUCCUUUACAAAUUGUGAGCCCCUUAGAAUAAUGUUCAUGAAUGUAUUGUUUCGGGCAAUGCAGGAAAGGCAGUGAAGCAUGGCUUAUGGGUGAUGUCAUAAAUUAUGAAUUGACUAAAGUUUUGAGUGCUGUAUGAGUGUUUUCAUUCUGAUUGUGUCAUGGAUAUCUUCACAUGUGUUUACUGUGCUUGUAAAUGACUAAUGUGGAGCUUUUUUAAAAUAACAUUGGUUUUUUUUUUUUAAUUUAGUAGUUAUUGACUCUGUGCCUAGCACCUUUCUUGUUUCAAGAAUUAUUCCAACAGUAUACUGCCCUUAUGUUCUGAUGUUCUAUCUCUAGGAUAUCUUGAGUUGUUUUGUUGGGUUUUUUUGUAAGAAAGAAUGCAUGUAUGAAAAUAAAAAUACUUUGUUCUGUAGACAGCCCCAUUAGAAUACAUUUGUAGUCAGUUCUUUACCUCUACUGAUAUAGUCAUUUUUCAUACACACAAAAUAUUUAUGCUUCCAAGUAUGGAAUGAAACUGUAAAUGUGUUAUGAUGUCUUUCCGUCUAUUUUUUGUAUAGCUUAUGAAUUGUAUUGGUGUUAUGUAAGUCUGUCAAACUCAUUCAAAUGUUUGCGUUAAGUAUGAAUGGUGAUACAUGUGGUGCUACUUUCGUAGGUAAACAACUGCACUGCAAUAAUUUUUUAAACAAAUAUUACAACUCUUUAGAUACAUACUCCUAUAAUUCUUUCUACAUAUUUCCAAUGACUGUCAUUGUACUUCUUGAGUGAUGACAAAGUCCAAAGCAUCUUUCCUGCAUAAUUUUAAAACUUUGCUUUUUCAUGGGUAAACGGCUCGAAGCAGAAUUAACAGAUAUUUGAGUCUUUUUUCCUAUACUCCAAGGAAAAACUUGUCAUGAUACAAGCAUCUUCAGAAUGCUGCAGUGACCCCGUGCAACUUGACAUAAGAUUUGUUGCUUUUCUGUUGCCCUCACUGCUCAAAAAGUGAAAUUAUUGAUUCAGGUACAGAGUUUAUGCUCUAUGCAGGUAAAGCUUGUCCUAUAAGGAACCUUUUAGACACAUUAACCCUUUUGUACUUUUGCUUUACAGGAUAUUAUGCAUUUUUGGAUUUUUUGACUUGCUUUGGUUUUUCGCCAUGUGUCAGUUCUUCUGUUUAAGUUUUCUUUAUUGUGUUUGGAUGUGAGCAGAAAAGUUUACACUGUUGUACAUACCAGGACUUCUGAAAGUCAUUAUGUUUUCAUUUCACAAUCUUCACAAGCAAGGAGUGAAAGAGAGCGCUAGUUUAAAUUCUGCCUAGAAAGGAAAAGAAAAAGGAAAGUAGAACAAAUGCAAAUAUACCAGGCAUCAGUAAGGCGUAUUUGGGCUAUGUGACCGAUGUAGAGCUCGAAACUUUUUUUUUAUGCGUUGCAGGUUUCAUUAUCCCCGACCCCCUUAUGUUCAAAGUGCAACUACAUGUACACAGGUUACUAACAGCACUGUGGAGAAGUGACAGAAACUUGUUUUCAUCUUGCCAGCCUCUUACCCCAUGUGAUUAAUUGAAAGUUCAUUAAUUUGUCAAGAAGAGUUCAGGUAUGCAUGUAAAAUGCAUUAGUCAUUUGGUGCGUGGGAUGACAUAUGUUGAUAUGGUCUAAUAAUUUAGUUUCAGUUUCAAGUUUAGCGUUCUUGUUUUAACAAUGAGCGUGGAUUUUUUUGGCUAAAAUGAAAUUUAGAUUCCAACCUAUGUGUAUAUUCACUAUGCAAUCAUAUGUAUCCAUUGCUUUUCACAUCAUGGUAUCAUACCAAAUCUUUCUGGUUCUUCAUUCUGGUAUACGUUGUAGCCUCCAUGUCUUCUUUUAAACGAUAUGAAGCUCGGUGUUUGAUCCCCCUGUCUCCUUUGACGCAACACAUUGAUACUCUUUCCGCAAUUAAUGUUCUUACUAUAUUGAAAUUUAUAUCAUUUGGAACCUGCGAUAUAUUGUCCUAGCAACUUUGUCAAAAGCUCUGUAUUUGAAUAUGUUGACUAUCAUAUUGACAUUUCAGAUUGUGGGUGAUUAAGUACAAAGAUGAAGUACAAAUACACCUCUCUUAAGGUCUUGCAUUACAUUUAUCUCAAGUUCAACCCCCUUUUUGUGUAUUUAGUUUGCUUAGGGUUUGUCAUUGUAUUUUAUUUUUUUUAUAUUUAAUUGCCAUUUGCUCAUCGCGUCUGUGCCUUUAGAAGAUCGCAACAUCAAGAAACUAAAAAUCCUGAAAAUCUUAUGAUAUUGCACUUAAUUUCUUUCUUAAUUAUUCAUGAUACAUAUGUACAUGUUUUGACUUCUCAUAUUUCAUACCGUACAUAAUUAAUUUCCAAUUAGUUUUUAUUUUGAAAUCUUUUGGAAUGGCUGCUUUCAUUGGAAUUUUUUUUUUUACCCGAAAAUUAUCAAACAGGGUUGAGGAUAUAGAUGCAUGAAAAUUGGUGUAAUGGUAUAAGUAAUCUUUCUUUUGUCGAAUAAUUUUGUAGUCAGUGGUAAAGGAAGAAAACGUAACAGAAGUACUGGUACCUUGAUUUUGUCAUUGUCACUCACAGAUGUUGUUGCUCGUGGAACAAACUGAGUUUGAAUUUGCAUUUUAAUCCAGCAAAUACAUUUUUAACAGUAUCUGUAAACAAAUAAACUGAAUCCUCAUUAAAA